AUGGCUCAACUAUGUAUUGCGAAGUUGGCCAAGACAGAAGAUAUAAGUGUUCUGUGGGAUUUGGACAUUUUGGGAAUCAAGGACAGUGCAUUGAGGGUCAGCACAGAAGAGCAUGACCAGCAGGUCAAGGAAGAUUUCCAGAAGAAUUUGAGGAGAGCAGAUGAUGGCCGGUACGUUGUGAAGUUACCGUGGAUUAGUGAGUCCAUCCCACUCCCUCAUAACCGUGGAGUUGCUGAAAAACGCCUGCAAUCAGCAACCAACAAGCUUAUCUCAAGAAAGGAGUUUGAACGAUAUGACAACAUUUUUAGCUCUUGGGAGGCGGAAGGAAUUGUAGAAGUCUACGCGGAGAAAGGAACAGACCACGAUGGACAUUAUCUUCCGCACCGUCCAGUGUUCAAAUCGGAUAGCUUGACUACACCAGUGCGUCCAGUUUUUGACGCCUCUUGUCGAGUUGGGAACCAGCCUUCUCUCAAUCAGUGUUUAGAGAAGGGUCCCAAUUUAGUUGAAAUGAUCCUGCCCAUCCUCCUCAGAUUCCGGAAAGAGAAGGUGGGAGCAAUCUCUGAUAUUAGGAAGGCCUUCCAGAUGAUUGAAGUGGAUGGCGAAGAUAGGAAAUAUCAGAAAUUCCUGUGGUGGGAGGAUCAAGGGAAGAAAUUACUCAAAGUGUACCAGCAUUGCAGAGUUAUUUUUGGAAUGAACUGUAGCCCGUUCAUUCUUGCAGCAGUGCUGGAUUUCCAUCUCUCCCAGGUUCCAGAGAAUGAGAAGAAGACAAAUCUGGAGCUGUUAAGGUCGCUCUACGUGGACAAUUGUGUGACGUCCUUCGACACGUUGAAAGAAUACGAAAAGUUCAAGAACGAGUCCACGAUGAUAUUGGAAAGCGCGAAGAUGGACUUAAGGCAGUGGGAGUCCAAUGCAGAUCAAGUAAUGGAAAAUGAGAUCACAUCUGUAUUGGGAUACAAAUGGAAUAAGAAGAGUGACCAAUUGUAUUGCGAUAUUCCCACCGAGUGGGGCGAAGAAGGUGACCCUGUCAUAACGAAGAGAAGUGUCCUCUCCCUGGCUGCACAAGUUUUUGACCCCAUUGGUUACACGUCACCAGCCGUCCUGCAGUUGAAGUUAUUGUUGCGUUGCAGGAAUCCUGGGCGCAAGACAUGA